AAUCAAUCCAAUCUCAACACACAAUACACAAGACACAAUGAUGGGAAAUCUCAACAGAAUGGACGCAUUCGAAUCAAUCAUCCACGCUGACAACUACUCGAACAAGGUCACGUCAAAACAGUCAACAGGGAGGGAAUAGCAAAUGAAAACGGCACAAUCAAAACAAAGGCAGUCAGUCGCACCCUUCGAAACAACACAAAUAAUUCCUUCUUCUCCGUGCUGGUAUUGUCACAUAUCGUACACCAUGCCGUCCUUCAUUACAUCUUCGCAGAUUGUAUCUGGGUUGGUUUGUUAUUUUUUUUUUUUCGUUUUCGUUUUCGUUUUCGUUCUCGUUCUUUCUUUCUCGUGGCUGUUUUUUAGUAUUUUCUUCUUUCUUUUUUUUUGGUGAGAUCUUCCGGUAGAAGCGUCCAACGUCCACAUGGGUAUCAGCAUCAGAGGCUCCGCGGCGUAUCCAUCGGCCCCAAAUCAAACCGAACAAAGGAAAGGAAGGAGAAAGGAAACAUCAUGGCGCCGUUCACUUAAACUUGCGCUUGAGCCAGCCGAAGAACCCACUCUUGCGCUUGUCGGCCUUGGCCGUGUCCUUGGCAUUCUCCUGGGCCUUGUUCACCUCGGCCUUGGCCAUCUCCUGAGCCUUAUCCUGCAGGGACUUGCCCUCCUCGGGCUUCUGGCCGGCCUGCUCGGCCUCCUGGCCGACUUGCGGCUCGCGGGUCUUGGCCUCCUCGGGCUUCUGGAUCUGCUCGGAGGGCUGGGCUUUGGUGGCCUCCGGGGCGGAGGUGGUCUCCUGAGUGGAGGCGCCCUGGGCGGCAGUGCCCUGGGUGGCGGUCUUGCUCGUCUCCGGCUGCGCGGUCUCCUUGGCGGCCUCCUUGCUCGCGUCCUUCUUGG